UGGUAACCAUUAUUACACGGCUCAAGUGUCAAUUUUUUAAGCAAAGAAAAUGAUCCUCCAUUCACCUUCUCUCUUUCCUCAAAACCACAGCACCGCUCUCUGCUCUUCUUCCCACAAUGAUACUUCUUCAUCUGCAGUAAGCAUACCCUCCCAUUAUGUUAUUAAGCAAUCCAAUUCCAUAAGAUUAAACAAAAUUAACAAAGAUGAGGCGAAGCCAUUUAGAUGUUGCUCAUGUGGAAGGAGGCAUUUCCUUGAAACGAGUUUGCUUUCAGCAGUAUCUGAUGCUCCUGCAAAUGCUUCUGGCUAUAAGGCUACAAUGAAUAAAGUUCGCCCUCCAAGACCGGAUUGGUACGAGGAACUUUAUGCAUCCGUUUUGAAUUCAGACAUGAUGAACUCCUAUGAAGCAGAGAUUGCAGCUUACAAGUCACAACUAUUUGCUAACUUGAGAGGAAAAGCAAAAAAAGUAUUAGAGAUUGGAAUUGGCACUGGUCCUAACCUCAAAUACUAUGGUAAUGAUGACGAUGUGGAAGUCUUUGGUGUGGAUCCUAAUGGCAAAAUGGUAAAAUAUGCACAGAAAGCUGCAGAAGCUGCUGGCCUGCCGCCUGCCAAUUUCAAAUUUAUACAAGCAGUUGGGGAGGCUAUACCAUUAAGUGAUGCUUCAGUUGAUGCAGUUGUUGGAACUCUUGUACUAUGUUCCGUUACUAAUGUCGAUCAGACAUUGCAAGAGGUGAAGAGAGUGCUAAGACCAGGUGGGCUGUACUUAUUUGUGGAGCAUGUGGCAGCAAAAGAGGGAACAUUUCUUAGAUUUGUGCAGAAUUUGCUCGACCCUUUGCAGCAGACAGUUGCUGACGGAUGUCACCUAACAAGAGAAACAGGAAAGAAAAUUUCUGAAGCUGGCUUCUCAGGCGUUGAUUUGAACACAACCUUCUUGUCUAAGACUGCUUUUAUAAACCCUCAAGUGUACGGAAUAGCUAGCAAGUAAUGGUAAGAGGAUGGCCGACCUUUUAAGUUGAUCAUUAAGAUAUAGCUAUAGAAUUAGCAUACCAUAUGGAGAAUCAAGCUUCUCCGCAAGUGUACUUGUGGCUAAAGUAUAAUUUACAGGCCCCUUUUUCUUUUUUCUAUUGUUUCUGUCUUUUUGGUUAAUUAUUUCUAUAUGUACUCUACUUUUUGUUCAUCUGCAAAAAUUCUCUUCUUUCUUCUC